CUGGAUGUUCUUCUGUUCUACAAGACAUGACUGAAGUGGAGAGGUUCAUCCUCAUUGGCUGCUUGCUGCAAGGAGCCCUGGGCAGAGACUUUGCAGUAAUGUUGCCUCAGAGUAUAGAAGUUCUGAGUGGAUCCUGUGUGCUGAUUCCCUGCAGAUUUGAGAUCCCACCAGAGAUGAUCAAUGAUCUGGUAGCUCCUGCCAAAGGAAUCUGGAGGAAAAGUCAUACUGGGGGCAGGGUAGUAUUUGAUUCAAGUAUAGCGCCUGGAAAUAAUGAAAUUGAAGGAACAUUACUUGGACAACUGCUGAGGAAGAACUGCACUACAAUUCUGGACCGCUUUCCUUCAUCUUACAGAGAUCAUUAUUUCUAUAGGUUUGAAAACCCCAAAUUCCUGUAUACUUUUGCUACAGCUAUCCACAUCAAUGCACAAGACUCUCCACCCAAACCCAAGUUAACCCCAGAGAAGGUGGAGGUGAUGGAGGGGACCUCUGUGAGUUUGAGCUGCUCUGCUGCAGCCCCCUGUCCCAAACUCCCCCCAAAUCUGACAUGGACCCCCAGGCUGAGUGACAGUGUGGAUCAACUGCAAGAGAAUGAGGAUAAUACCACAUCUGUGUCUUCUGAUCUGACCUUCACUGCUUCCCACCUCCACCAUGGGCAGAAGAUCACCUGCAGAGCACUUUACACACUGCAACAAGGAGGCAAUCAGACGUCUGAGGCCAGUCUGAUUCUCACAGUUCUAUACAUGCCUCAGAUCUCUGGCUCUGGGAGCUGCAGCAGAACUGCAGCAGAGAUCAGCUGCUCCUGUGAGAGCCGUGGGAAUCCCUCUCCCAGCAUGGAGUGGCAUGUGUCUGGACUGCGGGUAACUAACUCUACUGACAGAGUCAUCAGGGAGGAGCAGCUGGGGAACACAGGCCUGAGGAGCUCCCUCACCAUGCGCCCCUCACAGGGAGACACGGCCACUCUCCUCUGCCUCAGUACCAACGCUCUCGGGAACACCAGCCUCCAGCUCCACGCCCCGUCUCCACAGCGACACUCAGGUGUCAGCAUUCCCUCACUGCUGAUUGGUGCAGCUGCUGGUGCUGGAUCCAUGAUGAUUAUAUUCCUCAUCAUGAAGGCCAUUCAAAAGCAGGGGAAAAAGAGAGACAGCCAGUGUUCUCAAAGUCGAAUGAAGGACAGCGAAAGGAGGCUGCCCGCAGCAGAAAACCCAGUCUGCUCCAACCUAGGAGGGACAGACCCACAGCCCCUGCCAGAGCUGGAAACCAUCCAUUACGCCUCGAUAAAGCACUCCCCCCGCUCCGUGGAGACACAGGGCCAGGAUGCCCGUGAAGGAGCCGCAGGUCACGGUGACGAUGUGGUCUAUUCACAGGUGGCCCGGAAGAAGAAAACCAAGAAGGGAAAGCAACAGCACGGGGAGGGACUGGGAGAGGGGUAGAGUUCCUUGGACCUCAUGGCAUGACAGGUGUGCUCCAGUCCAUUCAAUUUGCCACAGGUGGACCAGAGCAGAGCGGCACUGCAAAGGCUCUGAAUACUUAUAUAAAUGAGAGAUUUCAGUUUUAGAUUUUUCCACUUUGUCAUUAUAGGUUAUUGAGUGUAGACUGAUGGGCAAAAAUGGCAAUUUUAUCAGUUUAAAAUUAAAUAUACAAUGCAAUAAAAUGUGCUUUCUGAGGCCAUUGUAUGUAUGCGGCACACAAUAUGGACAUACAGUAUAUUUUUUUGUAACUUACUAGGUUAUCGGUUAGUUUGUUAUAUUGUUGAACUGUAUUACAUGUUUGAUGUCUUCAAGGAAACUUUUAUUACAUUACUGGUGAGUUGUUUCAGCAUCUGUCCAUUUUCAUGCUACAUUAUUGGUUGCUAAAAACAUGCAAUUUUCUCCAGUGUUUAGUAGGCUUUUUGUUUGGAAUUUGCUCCUGAAAUGAGUUCUUAAUUAAAUUAUUUAAAUAAUUGUCAA